CCUCCCUCCAGAACUUGUACCAGAACAGGUUCCUGGGCCUGUCCGCCAUGGCGUCGCCGUCGCGCAGCGCCCAGAGUCGGCGGCGCUGCAAGGACGCUGGGACGCGUUACAGCUACAGCCCUGAGCAGUACCCCAACGGUGGGCCCCGGCACGACCACGCCACCGCCCUGGCCCUGCAGCCCCGCUCUACUAGCGAUGCUGACCUGGUCACCUCGGACAGCCGCUCAACGCUGACAGUCAGCACCUCCCACUACGCCAUCAGCCAGUCCCAGGACAUGCUCAUCUGCUGGGACAUCAAGGAGGAGGUGGAUGCCGGGGACUGGAUCGGCAUGUACCUCAUAGAUGAGGGACUGUCGGAGAACUUUCUGGACUAUAAGAACCGGGGAGUGAACGGCUCCCACAAAGGCCAGAUAGUGUGGAAGAUCGAUACCAGCUCCUACUUUGCAGAUUCGGAGACUAAGAUAUGCUUCAAGUAUUACCACGGUGUGAGCGGAGCCCUGCGAGCCACCACACCCAGUGUGACAGUGAAGAAUGCAUCUGCCCCUGUGCUGAAGCCAGUGGUCAGCCAGGAGGUCACACAGAGUCUUGGCAACAGAAGGCUCAUCAGUUUCUCUCUCUCAGAUGUCCAAGCGGUGGGGCUGAAGAAGGGCAUGUUCUUCAACCCUGACCCCUACCUGAAGAUCGCCAUCCAGCCCGGCAAGCACAGCCUCUACCCCGCGCUGCCCCACCACGGCCAGGAGAAACGCUCCCGCGUUGUCUGCAACACCAUCAACCCUGUUUGGCAGAGAGAGCGCUUCAGCUUUGUGUCUUUGCCUACGGACGUGUUGGAGAUCGAGGUGAAGGACAAGUUUGCUAAGAGCCGGCCCAUCAUCAAACGUUUCCUGGGCAAGCUGUCCAUGCCGGUGCAGAGGCUACUGGAGAAACACGCCAUCGGGGACCGUGUGGUGAGCUACUCUCUUGGCCGCAGGCUGCCGACGGAUCAUGUUAGUGGACAGCUGCAGUUCAGAUUUGAGAUGAUGUCCUCAAUUCACCCAGAUGACGAGGACAUCUCCCUCGUCAUGGAGUGCCCUGUGGUCCCUGACCCUGACCAGUUGGAGGUAAACCAGGUGGACCCAGUCGCCCCAGCAGAGAUCCCUGCCGAAGACACAUUGAGCAUGGGGCCCGACACACCUGAACUCCCCCUAGAUGGAGCCCCAGACUUGGAGGACCCGGAGCCCUCCACCACUCUCGCUUAUGUCUCCCUCACAGAGGAGGCCCAUCCUGGGGACGAUGUCAUGGAGGAGGAGGGUGUGGAGGAGCAGGUCACCCUGGUUGAGAUGGAGGAGAGUACAGUUAGGGAGGUGCAGGUAUCUUCUUCAGAGCCACAGCCUGGGAUAGAAGAGCAGGUUUCAGCUGAACAAUUGGUGGAGGAGAGAGAGGAGGAGGAGGAGACUGGAGCCCAGGAGGCUCAAGCCCUGUCUGAGGAGGGGGAGGCCCAGGUGCAGCCUAAACCUGAGGGUGUGGAGAUGGAGUUGGACAGUGAGGAACCUACCACUGCUGUGGAGGAGCCGUUGGAAGGAGCCACGGGGCCUGUGCCGGCUGAGGGGGUAGUGGAGGUAGUGGAAGAGGAGGGACAGCAGGUGGUGGUGGAAGCCAAACCAAGGAGGGUUGACUGUUGCUGCCCAGCCCGCGCCUCCCCUCCAAUGCGGAGCGCCCUGCGGCGCAAGAACAGGCCCUGCUCGCUGCCCGUCUCGGAGCUGGAGACAGUGAUCGCCUCAUCGUGUGGCGACCCCGAGACACCACGCACCCACUACAUCCGCAUCCACCACCUUCUCCACAGCCUGCCUUCAGCACACCAACGGCAGGGCAGCGGGGAGGAGGAAGAGGGGGAGGAGGAGGGAGGGUCUUCUACCGAGGAGCCGACUAUCAAACCCACCUCCAAGGAUGGGGAGGAAGGGGAAGGGGAGGAGGAGGAGGAGGAGGAGGGAGACGCGUCCCAAUCCCUGGCGUCCCCCUCCCAGGUGCGUGAGUGCACAGCCCCCUGCUGUCGUAGUAGGACUCUCCCCCGCAGUCUGUCCAUCGAGCGCCUGUCAGAACUCAACCAGCUCCUGGAUGGAGGGGAGAGGGGAGGGAGGACGCUGCACCCACGCCUGGAGAACGAAGAGGCGGAAGUGGGCGGAAGCGGCCGGGGAGUGAGGGGGAGCGAGUGUGAGUUGUGCGACAACUCCUGCUACAGCACGUCUUGUUACAGCACCAGUUGUUACAGCACCUCCUGCUACAGCAACUCUGGCUACGAGGGGCGCAACCGCCCCUGCAGCCACACACGGCUGUCGUCGGUGGACAGCACACGCCUCUCAGAGAGCACCGUCUUCUCCUCGCAGGACGAAGAGGAGGAAGAGGAGGAGAACAGCGCCUUUGAGUCGGUGCCUGACUCCAUCCAGAGCCCCGACACCAGGGAGCCUGGCGGCGAUGGGACGACAGCAGAAUGGAGGGAGGAGACAGGGGAGGGGACGAGAGGGGAGUCGCCGGUGGCCGGGCCUAGCGAUAGGACAGUAGGAGGAGAUAGUUACUUGCCAUGCGGUCAUCCUCCUGCUUUGCGACCUGACACCCACCAUUACCCAACUGUUGAUGAACCGUUGCCUCCAAACUGGGAGGCGCGCAUCGACAGCCACGGACGUGUCUUCUACGUGGACCAUGUGAACCGCACCACCACCUGGCGGAGGCCCACGCACGCCGCCUCCAAGUGUAACGGCAUCCAGCGCUCCAGCUCCACCCAGCAGAUGGAGCAGCUCAACAGGAGGUACCAGAACAUCCAGAGGACCAUGGCGACGGAGGAUGAGUGUGGUGGACGGAGGUUGGAGAGAAGUGCCAGCACGGAAACGGAAACAGACUCUCCACCACAGGCCAUUGAGCCAAGGAGAGAGGGCCCCUCAUCCCCUGUCAGCAACCAGAAGAUCACCCUGCUCCUCCAGUGCCCUGCCGUUAAGUUCAUCACCCACCCUGAGUUCUUCACGGUCCUACACGCCAACUACGGUGCCUACCGGAUAUUCACCAACAGUACCUGUCUGAAGCACAUGAUCCUGAAGGUCAGGCGGGACGCGCGCAACUUUGAGCGCUACCAGCACAACAGAGACCUGGUGAUUUUCCUCAACAAGUUUGCCGACACACAACUAGAGCUGCCCCGAGGCUGGGAGAUCAAAACAGACCCACAGGGCAAGUCGUUUUUCGUGGACCACAACAGCCGGGCGACAACCUUCAUUGACCCCAGGAUCCCCUUACAGAACGGCCGUCUGCCCAACCAUCUGACCCACAGGCAGCACCUGCAGAGACUGCGCAGCUACAGUGCUGGAGAGGCGUCUGAUGUGUCCCGGAGUCGAGUAGCUUCCCUGAUUCACAGACCUGGGAACAGCCUGGUAGCCGCCAUACGUAGCCAGUACCACCCCGACUCCACACCGUUAGGUGCACCAUCUUACAAUGACAAGAUAGUGGCGUUCCUUCGCCAGCCAAACAUCUUUGAGAUGCUUCAAGAGCGCCAGCCGAGCCUGGCCAGGAACCAUGUACUAAGGGAGAAGAUCCACUACAUCAAGACGGAAGGUUCACAGGGGGUGGAGAAGCUGUCUUGUGAUGCUGACCUGGUCAUUCUACUGAGCUUGUUUGAGGAGGAAAUCAUGUCCUAUGUUCCACCCCACUCCUUUCACCCGGGGUACAGCUUCUCGCCCCGCUGCUCACCCGGAUCCUCGCCACAAAACUCCCCAGGCUUACAGAGGGCCCGAGCUCCGGCUCCAUACCGCAGAGACUUUGAAGCCAAACUGCGUAACUUUUACAGGAAGCUGGAAGCUAAGGGCUAUGGCCAGGGGCCAGGGAAGAUCAAACUGAUCAUCAGAAGAGACCACCUGUUGGAGGGCACCUUCAACCAGGUGAUGGCCUACUCCCGCAAGGAGCUGCAGAGGAACAAGCUCUACAUCACCUUCCUGGGAGAGGAGGGGCUGGACUACAGCGGCCCCUCCAGGGAGUUCUUCUUCCUGUUGUCCCAAGAGCUAUUCAACCCUUACUACGGCCUGUUUGAGUACUCAGCCAACGACACUUACACCGUCCAGAUCAGCCCCAUGUCUGCCUUCGUUGAGAACCAUCUGGAAUGGUUCCGCUUCAGUGGGCGUAUUCUAGGCCUGGCCCUGAUCCACCAGUAUCUGCUGGAUGCCUUCUUCACACGACCCUUCUACAAGGCCCUCCUCAGACUAUCCACAGACCUGAGUGAUCUGGAGUAUCUGGAUGAGGAGUUCCAUCAGAGUCUCCAGUGGAUGAAGGACAAUGACAUCACUGACAUCCUGGACCUCACCUUCACCGUCAAUGAGGAGGUCUUUGGCCAGGUGACGGAGCGGGAGCUAAAGUCGGGUGGCUCCAACCUUCAGGUGACGGAGAAGAACAAGAAGGAGUACAUUGAGCGCAUGGCCAAGUGGAGGGUAGAGCGCGGGGUGGUGCAGCAGACUGAGGCCCUGGUCCGAGGCUUCUAUGAGGUGGUAGACUCUCGUCUGGUGUCGGUGUUUGAUGCCAGAGAGCUGGAGCUGGUCAUUGCAGGGACGGCUGAGAUCGACCUAAACGACUGGAGGACCAACACAGAGUACAGAGGAGGUUACCAUGAUGGCCACAUAGUGAUGCGGUGGUUCUGGGGCGCGGUGGAACGCUUCAACAACGAGCAGAGACUGCGGCUGCUACAGUUUGUGACUGGCACCUCCAGCGUUCCAUACGAAGGCUUCGCUGCCCUACGGGGAAGCAACGGCCUACGACGCUUCUGCAUCGAGAAGUGGGGCAAGGUCACCUCACUACCCAGGGCUCACACGUGCUUCAACCGCCUGGACCUUCCACCUUACCCCUCCUACACCAUGCUGUAUGAGAAACUGCUGAUUGCUGUGGAGGAGACCAGUACCUUUGGCCUGGAGUGAGACUAACCACUGGCACUGACCACUGACUGACUUCCUUUGGCACCCUACUAACAAACUUGUUUUAUUUUUACGUACAAAUAUUAACUAUGGACAAAUGGCAUCCUUGUUUUCUUACAAUACGUACCUGAGGAGUGGGUUUGAAAAAGAGGGAUCAAACGUAUUAAAACUUGCAUGCACUGCAUCACUCAUCUGAGACAUUGUACAUAAACCAACAUGUAUGCAACAGUGAAGACCUUGGCUCCAGCCUGUUCUACGACCCCCCCCCACCCCACCCCCCACUUUGUCCACCUCAUGGUCUCAUCAGUUUAAUCUUCCCCAUAAGACUAUUCCAGCUCCAAAGACUGAGGCUGACACUAUGCAGGGGAGGGGCUUGCUCCACCGGCUGCCACCCACAGCCCGCCACCUCUGACAUCAGAGGAAGUGACAUCGGCGGUGACCCCCUAAAAGUCGUAAGUCUCUCCAGACCUUAAUCUUGCCCUAUCAAUCAUCGCAGAGCAUUUCCUGAAAUCACCUUGACUCCCGACGACCAUUCAGUGACAAGACCAAAACAUUUUUUAUUCCCAUUGUUACAUUUAAAAAGCAUGUUUCAUGCAUGUUUCACCAAUUGCUUUAUCAUCAUAAGGGCAUCACUGUUUUCCUCAGAGUGGAUGAACAGGUGCUUUUUUAGGAAUUCCUUCACGGUUCUGAGUCCAUGCCCAGCCUGGGUGUACUUACUGCACACAGUUGUCUGAAUCUCCCGCCCAAGAAAGAUACUGUACUAUGCCUCCAUGAGUUAUUGCCUCAGUGACACCAGCUAUGUGUUAUUGAAUCACACAUACUAUUGGAGACGCCGAUGCAGUGGUGCAAUGGUUUUUGCCGCAUCGUGGCAGCAGGAGGCUUAUUAGAGUCACAGUUCCUGUACGGUGAGAGGAACUGUAGAGACCCAGGUGAUGAUGUAACUUGUACAAGGCUAAGAUUAGAAUGUGAAAGGCUAAGCUCUGAGAGUUCUCUUGUCAGCCUUGCAGUGUCAUUGAGCUCACACCAUAAAUAAUACCCUUGUCAUUCGGACCAUGGGCUUUGCAAUUUAAGCCCAAACGCUGACUGGGAGAUCUCAACCAUAGAGGUAAAUUCUGUACUGUGAGGCACUGUGCAACUUUGAUGGAGUGUAACAUCAUGUUGAACAUCCCUUUCUGUCCUGGUCUAGUGUUGACAAUUAUUCUUGGGGUCUCGUCCUUUGUUUUUAAAAUUUUCAUUGAAAGGAUGGACACUAAAUGGCAGUUUCCAGAACACAGAUUAGGCAUAGUCCUAUACCAGUGGUAUUCAAAGUCGGAGGGAAUUGCAGUCGUGUUUUUUUGGGGAGGUUGGCCAGAAAAUGAGGAUUGUAUAUUGUCCCAUACAAUAACAUGUAAACGUUUUUUUGAGAAACAUAAUUAGAAAAAUCUAAUUUUAUUAAGUCAAUUUAUUAUUUUGAUAAAAUAUGAAAA